CCAAAAUGGCAGAAAGCGACAUUGGUGCGUUAUCAUGUGAGCCGAUGAAAUGAUGUUUUCUUGAAUUUUAUCGUCGCGAGUGGAUAUUAAAAUUGUGAUUUAGUGAAUUGUGACAUAACAAACUAUGGCGGACCUUAAAUCGCCACCGUUUAGUGACAUUAAAAGACCUGAGGAAGUCGUCAGAAUGACGACCAACGAUAGCCUGAAAUUUGCAGUUCUUAUCGGGCUGAUUGAAGUCGGACAGGUAACCAACCGGGAGGUGGUGAAUACUGUUCUGCACCUGCUGGUCGGUGGCGAGUUCGACAUGGAAUUAAACUUCGUGAUUCAAGACGCGCAAAAUAUACAGCACAUGCUGGAACUGCUGGAUCAUUGCCCGCCAAGCCUGCAGGCGGAGAUCUGGUCAGUCUUCAUCGCGAUAUUGAGAAAAAGCGUGCGCAAUCUACAAGCAUGCACCGACGUGGGCCUCAUACACCACGUGCUACAACGACUUCCACGCGCGGAGACCGUUGUUGCCGAUCUCUUGAUAGAAAUGUUGGGGGUCCUGGCUAGUUACAGCGUUACGGUUAAAGAACUUAAACAGUUGUUUAAUGCUAUGAAGGCAGUCAACGGUAAAUGGCCGAGGCACUCCGCUAAGCUGUUAAACGUGCUCCGUCAGAUGCCACACAGGAACGGUCCGGACGUAUUCUUCAGUUUUCCCGGCAGAAAAGGAUCCGCCGUGGUCCUCCCGCCGCUCGCGAGGUGGCCGUACGAGAACGGAUUUACAUUCACGACGUGGUUUCGAUUGGACCCCAUCAACUCCGUCAACAUUGAACGAGAGAAACCAUAUCUAUACUGCUUUAAAACUAGCAAAGGUGUCGGUUACACGGCCCACUUCGUCGGUAACUGUUUGGUACUGACCUCUAUGAAGGUACGGGGCAAAGGAUUUCAACAUUGUGUCAAAUACGAGUUCCAGCCGAGAAGGUGGUACGCUAUUGCGGUCGUGUACAUAUACAACAGAUGGACGAAAAGCGAGAUCAAGUGCUUAGUGAAUGGACAACUGGCAUCCAGUACAGAAAUGGCCUGGUUCGUCUCUACAAACGACCCUUUCGACAAAUGCUAUAUCGGCGCGACUGCGGAGUUGGAUGAGGAGCGAGUUUUUUGCGGCCAGAUGGCGGCCAUAUACCUGUUCGGCGAAGCGCUCACCACACACCAAAUUUGCGCCAUGCACAGACUCGGGCCCGGAUAUAAGAGUCAAUUCCGUUUCGACAACGAAUGCAACAUCAGUUUACCGGAGAAUCACAAACGGGUGAGCGAGACAGCCGCUCCCAAGCUUGAUGCUGAAAUUCCUUCCAUUCCCGAAAGUGAACCCCAAACUCCCGAAACCCAAUCUCCCGAGCCCGCUUCGCGAGAUGAAGAUACUAAGGCGGCAGAAAGUGAAGAAGCUUGCGUAGUUGUUAAAGAAGAUUCGACGCCUCGCGGGCGCCGAUUGGCAGACGAGGCGCGCGAAGUGGCCGCUGCGCAUGCAACUCUGCUCGUAGAUAUUGAAGCAUGCAAGCGUGGUCAAUUUCGAUUCGAUGGCGAAGCUCGCAUCCCGCUGCCGGCCACAGAGGUACGAGUGGACCGCUACGGUGACCUCAUCCACGAUCCGACACAAAAUAUUCAUGAAGUGCUGUACGACGGCAAACUGUCAUCGGCGAUAGUGUUCAUGUACAAUCCGGUGGCAACUGACGGUCAACUGUGUUUGCAGUCGGCUCCCAAAGGCAAUGUGUCGUACUUUGUGCAUACGCCACAUGCACUUAUGCUGCAGGAGGUUAAGGCAGUAGUUACACAUUCCAUCCACAGUGCACUCAACUCUAUCGGUGGCGUACAAGUGUUGUUUCCGCUGUUCGCGCAACUCGACUUGCCGCACGAUGCGCCGGCCGCCGACCCUAAACGUGAUCCCAUGCUGUGUUCGAAACUCCUCGGCUUCGUGUGUUCGCUGGUGGAGUCGUGCAGCACGGUACAGCAGCACAUGCUGCAGUGUCGCGGUUUCCUCGUAAUAUCGCACAUGCUGCAACGCUGCGGACGAGACCACCUCACCCCGGACACGCUCGCUUCCUUCCUGCAUCUGACGAAACAUCUUGUCACUUGCUGUUCUCCUAAUUCUGAUUUGCUUUUGAAACAGCUGCUGGACCACGUGCUGUUCAACCCCGCGCUGUGGAUCCACACGCCGGCGGCGGUGCAGGCGCGCCUGUACUGCUACCUCGCCACGGACUUCCUGGCCGACGCGCACAUCUACGGCAGCGUGCGGCGCGUCAGCACCGUGCUGCAGACCGUGCACACCCUCAAGUACUACUACUGGGUCGUGAAUCCGAGGACGAAGAGCGGCAUCACGCCUAAAGGUUUGGAUGGUCCCCGCCCAGCGCAUAAGGAUAUAUUGACAAUACGAGCAUACAUCCUGCUAUUCCUCAAGCAACUCAUCAUGAUCGGUAACGGCGUGAAGGAGGACGAGCUCCAAUCUAUCUUGAAUUAUCUCACCACUAUGCAUGAGGAUGAGAAUCUUCAUGAUGUACUACAAAUGUUGAUAUCGUUAAUGUCGGAGCACCCCAGUUCUAUGGUCCCAGCUUUUGACGCGAAGGGCGGCGUGAGGACCAUCUUCAAGCUGCUGUCAUCGGAGAGUCAGCUCAUACGCCUGCAAGCGCUGAAGCUCCUCGGGUUCUUCCUGAGCAGGAGCACUCACAAGCGCAAGUACGACGUGAUGUCGCCGCACAACCUGUACACGCUGCUGGCCACGCGGCUGGGCGCGGGCGGCGAGGCGCUGGCGCUGCCCGUGUACAACGCGCUGUACGAGCUGCUCACCGAGCACGUGGGGCAGCAGAUCCUCUACACCAGCCACCCCGAGCCGCAGCCGCACUUCCGCCUCGAGAACCCCAUGAUCCUGAAGGUCGUCGCAACACUGAUCCGCCAGUCGAAGCAAACGGAGCAGUUGCUGGAGGUGAAGAAGUUGUUCCUGUCGGACAUGACGCUCCUGUGCAGCAACAACCGGGAGAACAGGCGUACGGUGCUGCAGAUGUCGGUGUGGCAGGAGUGGCUCAUAGCGAUGGCCUACAUACACCCCAAGAACGCAGAGGAGCAGAAGAUAUCCGACAUGGUGUACUCGCUGUUCCGCAUGCUGCUGCACCACGCCAUCAAGCACGAGUACGGCGGCUGGAGGGUGUGGGUGGAUACGCUGGCCAUCGUGCACUCUAAGGUAUCUUACGAAGAAUUUAAACUCCAAUUCGCUCAAAUGUACGAACAUUACGAACAAAGACGAGCCGACAAUAUUACAGACCCUGCGGAAAGGCAACAACGACCUAUCUCAACGAUAUCCGGCUGGGAUAGACACACAGAUGCUUCUGCCAAGGCCAGGGUUCUGCCGGAUGCGGACGGCAGUGAUGAAAGUACUCCAGUUACUGUCAUAAAACAAAACGUCCUCAAUCACGGAGCUCAAACUGAACUAGGGAAAGGGCUGUCACUCCGAGAAGUUGAAUCGUGUAGGUGUAAAAAGCCAAGUGAAAGUACAGAAGAUAGUCGGACUACAGUAGUGUAUAGUGAAGUGUGUAAAGUGCAUAGCCCAGUUAAAACUGUCAAUACCGAAGUGCCCAUCGAUGGUUGUGAUAGUGUUAGUAAUGCCGAAGUCGAGCACGCUAUCGACGAAGAACAGAUCGAAGACAAAAUGCUCAACGCAAAUAACGAAUUAGUUCAAUCCAUUAUUGAAAAUAAGCUUCUAGAAAGUUCUGAGUCAGGUAUCGGGACGAUCGAACCUGAUUCAGAGAAAACUGAUAAGCCCUUGACUAGACAAGGCAGUCUCGACUACAUUCCGGUUAGAGAUAUUGGAGAUAACGUAAUGAAAGACGAUAACACAGACAAGAGUGAAGGGUUGCCUUCUAGUUUAUCGGUGAGUGAAACGGCAAGUCCCGAGAGAGUUGCUGAUGGUUUAAAUAAUAUAAAUGAAAGAGAAUCCGAGCUAUCAGAUCCGUCCGAAUUGUACUUAACUCCAAGUGAAGCGACUAGUCCUAGAAAAAUACAAGAAAAGACUGAUUCUAGCAUCCCAGAUGAUGUUUCAACUGAUGACCCUAAACACAUUGCGAUAAAUAUUGUCAAUGAUGUAUUAACAGUUGCUUUGGAAACUGUGAGAUUAAAAACAGACGACGAUACCGAUUCUGGCGCUAUAUCCGGGGGCCUUCAUUCAGAGGGAAACACGCCGAAUGGUCGCGAAGACUUAGAACAAGAUAUUGAAGAUAUUUUGGAUCAAAAACAAGUCGUAGAAACGAUUGCUAAUGACUUAGUUAUGGAUAUAAUCUCGGCGGUUGUUUCUAAAAGCGAAGAUAUAAAUGUAACAGAUAUCAAUUUAGAUAGUCCUCACAGGGAUUUACCGGAACUUUCGCACGAGAGCAAUGUCUUACCUCUCGACGGGGAGUUUUUAGUUCCGACGACAGAAGAAAACAACAGUGAAUCCACAUCGCCAAAUGGCAUGGAUGUUGAAGAAAAUUCCAAAAAUGAAAGCCAAAGAAUAGAAACUAAUGAAAUAGAAGAACCCAAAACGCCCGAAAUACCUCCGAUAUCAACCAUUAGUGAGAAUAUAUCCUUAGCUAAUAAGAAAGAGCAGGAUAACGAAGAAGAAAGGAAUUGUGACGAGAGGGACAAGAGACGAGUUAGCUUACCCGGUGACAGUGAGAUGAAGCAGGAUAGCAAUAGAGGCGAAGGUGUCGCUACACAAGGGACGAACACAUCAACGUCACCAAAGAGGCCCCGCAGCGCAUCUACGAGUACACAAGUUGACUCAAAUCACUUCGAAACUAAACGGCCGUCCAAGUGCAAUCGGCCGAUGUUCUCUCCCGGGCCGACGAGACCACCGUUUCGCAUACCGGAAUUCCGUUGGUCUUAUAUUCACCAGCGCCUGCUGUCUGAUGUACUAUUCUCGCUGGAGACUGAUAUCCAGGUCUGGCGAAGCCACUCCACUAAAUCCGUAAUAGACUUCGUGAACAGCAGCGAGAACGCGAUCUUCGUCGUGAACACCGUGCACCUCAUCAGCCAGCUCGCCGACAACCUCAUCAUCGCGUGCGGCGGCCUGCUGCCGCUGCUGGCUUCCGCCACGUCGCCUAAUAACGAAUUAGAUGUGAUCGAGCCCACGCAAGGAAUGCCCGUCGAAGUUGCGGUCACGUUUUUACAGCGACUGGUGUCGAUGGCCGACGUGCUGAUAUUCGCAAGCGCACUGAACUUCGCUGAACUGGAAGCUGAAAAAAACAUGUCCAGUGGGGGAAUACUGAGGCAGUGUCUGAGACUAGUGUGCACGUGUGCCGUGCGCAAUUGUCUCGAGUGUAAGGAGCGCCAGCGCUGCGCCGCGGCAAGGAACAAUCGCAACGAAUCCCCUUCGCCUAAGAGUGUCGUUGCGAGUUUAGCCGAUGCUUCGAGUCCGGUGAAAGACCCCGAGAGAUUACUGCAGGACAUGGACGUGAACAGGCUGCGCGCCGUGAUCUACAGAGACGUCGAGGAGACGAAGCAGGCGCAGUUCCUGUCGCUGGCGAUCGUGUACUUCAUCUCGGUGCUGAUGGUGUCGAAGUACCGCGACAUCCUGGAGCCGCCCGCGCACGCGCCGCCCGAGUGCCGCCGCGCGCCGCACGCGCACGAGCACCACGGGUCGCGGCCGCUGUUCCCCCAGUGGUCGCACCACGUGUACCCCCAGUUCCUGCCGGGUGGGCAUCCCGCUCACCGCCACUCGCACUGCAAGCUCGAUUGCGGCCAACACGUUACCAAUAAUACGCACGCGCACGCACGCAUCGCUAAUUACCACCGCGCGCACGCAGAACACAACGGAGAUGACGUCGAGUACGCUAUGAUAGUUGUGGACGAAAACAACUCGACGAUGAAUGAGUUGGACUCGCCGUCCAUGAAGGAUGGGACGGAAGAGGGCGUCGCUAAGAUUGAGACGACCACGGACGAAGUGAAACCGAAUUCCGGUGAGAAGUCCAAGGUGGUGGAACUGGCGGUAACACCGAGCUCUGAGAAAGAGGAGCCGCUAUUCAAAUCGAGUCUCCGAGUGAAGACUCAGACCAAGCAGAAGCCUCCCAGCGCAAGGUCCAAAACAUUGUCGGGAAUAACGGUGUCGGUUGUGAACCUGAGCGUGGACUCGAUCGAAGACGCUGGCUCGUUCCAUCUUAACUCGACCGAGACCACUAAUAACGACCCCGAAACCUCCAGCGAGAUCGCCUUGGAUGACAAUAAACACCCAGUAAGUAAUGAUGAAUCAUGGACCGAUGUAAACUUAAACGAAGAUGGCGAAAGGGGUCCAGCCACGAUUACGGGAAGGACCAGAGACCACGAGGGAAAUAUUCAUGAAGAUAUGGAUAAACAAAUUCACAUGAGGAAUUCUGAACAUCAUCACAUCACUCAUCGUCUUAACAGAACUCUACAAACAGCUCAACGGCAUCUACAUCCUGAUAACGAAGCUCUAGCAGGCCUUACAAUGAACGCAUCAAUGUCCGCUGAUGGGGUGUCUCGAGAAGCGUCUCUCACUCACAAGCUGGAGACCGCUCUGGGUCCAGUUUGUCCUUUGCUGAGAGAAAUCAUGCUAGAUUUUGCACCCUUUCUGUCCAAGACGCUAGUGGGCAGUCACGGUCAAGAAUUGUUAAUGGAGGGUCUUCAAACCUUCAAAUCCAGUACAUCCGUAGUGGAACUGGUGAUGCUCCUCUGCUCCCAAGAGUGGCAGAACUCCCUCCAGAAGCACGCGGGCCUGGCCUUCAUCGAACUCAUCAACGAGGGCAGGCUGCUGUCACACGCGAUGAGGGAUCACAUCGUGAGAGUCGCCAACGAGGCCGAAUUCAUUCUGAACAGGAUGAGGGCCGACGACGUCCUCAAACAUGCCGAUUUCGAGUGCGUGUGCGCGAGCACGGGCCAGGAGCGCUCGGAGGAGGAGCGCACGUGCGAGCGGCUCAUCGCCGCCGCGCGCCGCCGCGACCACGCCGCCGCCGCGCGCCUGCUGGACAAGCUGCACCACGCCGCCGCCGCGCGCGCCGGGGUGAGCGAGGGCGAGUCCAUCGACGGGGGCUUCUGGAAGCUGGACUCGUGGGAGGACGACGCGCGGCGCCGCCGCCGCCUCGUGCCCGACGCGCGCGGCCGCCGCCACGCCGCGCGCGCGCACCACGCGCCGCCGCCGCCGCCCACCGACGCCAUCCUGCAGGCCACGGAGGAGCUGCACGCGCGCAUCGCGCAGGCGGCGGGCGGCGCGCAGCUGCCGGCGCCGGCCGCGGCUGAGCUGCUGGACGACGCCGAGCUGCUGCUGGACGAGCGCGACGCCGAGCAGGACCUGGCCGGUCCCGUAAACAUCAGCACGAAGGCUCGACUGGUGGCGCCGGGGCUGGUGGCGCCGGGUGUGGUGUCGCUGACCUCCACCGAGCUGUACUUCGAGGUGGACGAGGACGACCCCGAGUACAAGAAGGUCGACCCAGAGGUUUUGAAGUACUGCGAACAUCUGCACGGAAAAUGGUACUUCAGCGAAAUCCGGGCGAUCUUCUCGCGUCGAUAUCUCUUGCAGAGUAUCGCCAUCGAGAUGUUCCUCGCUAGCAGGACGUCAAUAUUCUUCGCGUUCCCCGACCAGGCUACGGUGAAAAAAGUCAUAAAAGCGCUACCGAGGGUCGGAGUCGGCAUCAAGUACGGGAUCCCGCAGACCAGGCGCGCGUCAAUGAUGUCUCCGCGUCAACUCAUGCGCAACUCAAACAUGACGCAGAAGUGGCAACGACGUGAGAUAUCGAACUUCGAAUAUCUCAUGUUUCUGAAUACGAUUGCCGGUCGUACGUACAACGAUCUGAACCAGUACCCGGUGUUUCCGUGGGUACUCACCAACUACGAGAGUGAAGAGUUGGAUCUCAGUCAACCAUCGAACUAUAGGGACUUAUCUAAGCCAAUUGGAGCUCUGAACCCAAGUCGUCGGGCUUACUUCGAGGAGCGUUACAACACAUGGGAGCACGAGUCGACGCCUCCCUUCCACUACGGCACCCACUACUCCACAGCAGCGUUCGUGCUCAAUUGGCUCGUGCGCAUUGAACCGAUGACUACGAUGUUCUUAGCGCUUCACGGAGGCAAAUUUGACCAUCCCAAUCGACUCUUCUCAUCUAUUGCACUUUCCUGGAAAAACUGCCAAAGAGACACGUCCGAUGUAAAGGAACUCAUACCCGAACUCUUCUUCCUACCUGAGAUGCUGGUGAAUAGCUCCGGAUACAAGUUGGGUAUCCCGGACUCCCCUUCUGGAGAUGUGAUCUUACCUCCCUGGGCGUCGUCCGCGGAAGAGUUCGUUAGGAUCAACCGAAUGGCCUUGGAGUCAGAAUUCGUUAGCUGCCAAUUACAUCAAUGGAUCGAUUUGAUCUUCGGUUACAAACAAAGAGGACCCGAAGCCGUCCGCGCCACCAACGUGUUCUACUACCUGACGUACGAGGGCGGCGUGCGGCUGGAGCAGAUAACGGAGCCGAUCACGCGCGCCGCCAUCGAGGACCAGAUCCGCAGCUUCGGGCAGACGCCGGCGCAGCUGCUGAGCGAGCCGCACCCGCCGCGCGCCUCCACCAUGCACCUGGCGCCGCUCAUGUUCGCGGCCGCGCCCGACGACGUGUGCCUGCGCCUCAAGCUGCCCUCCAACGCCGCCGUGGUGCACGUGUCGGCCAACACCUACCCGCAGCUCGCCAUGCCGGCCGCCGUCACGGUGAGCGCGGCGCGCGCCUUCGCGGCCCACCGCUGGGCCGGCGGCGGCUGCGCGCACUCCGCGCCCGCCCGCCACGCCGACCACCCGCCCCCGCACCACCCGCUCGUCAUGGACCCCGUGUGGGCGGCGGGGGGGGCGGCGCAGACCCGUCGCCAGCUGGGCGACAACUUCUCCCAGCGGGUGCGCGCGCGCAGCAACUGCUUCGUGACCACCGUCGACUCGCGCUUCCUCAUCGCCGCCGGCUUCUGGGACAACAGCUUCCGCGUCUUCUCCACCGAGACAGCCAAAAUAGUACAAAUAAUCUUCGGACACUACGGCGUCGUGACGUGCGUGUCGCGCUCCGAGUGCAACAUCACGUCGGACUGCUACAUCGCGUCGGGCUCCGAGGACUGCACCGUGCUGCUGUGGCACUGGUCGGCACGGCACGGCGGCAUCGUGGGCGAGGGCGAGACGCCGGCGCCGCGCGUCACGCUGACGGGACACGACGCGCCGCUCAACGGCGUGCUGGUGUCGGCCGAGCUCGGCCUCGUCAUCUCGUCCUCCGUCAACGGGCCGGUGCUGAUCCACACGACGUUCGGCGAACUGCUGCGCUCGCUGGCGGCGGCGGAGGGGGUGACGGGCCCGCAGCAGCUGGCGCUCUCCCGCGAGGGGGUGGUGGUGGUCGCCUACGCGCGCGGACACCUGGCCGCCUUCACGCUCAACGGCCGGCGGCUGCGGCACGAGACGCACAACGACAACUUCCAGUGCCUGGCGCUGUCGCGCUGCGGCGAGUACCUGGUGUGCGCGGGCGACGCGGGCGUGGUGGAGGUGUGGCGCGCCUUCACGCUGGCGCCGCUGUACGCCUUCCCGCCCGCCGGCGCGCCCGUGUGCAGCCUGGCGCUGUCGCACGACCAGCGCUUCCUGCUGGCCGGGCUCGACAACGGCUCGCUCGUCGUGUUCCACGUCGACUUCAACCGGUGGCACCACGAGUACCAGCAGCGGUACUGAGGCUCGGGGUUCCCCGGCCUCCGCUUUUAGGCGGCGGCCCCGACCGUCUCGUGGAGUGAGUCUUGAAUGGCGACGUUCGAUAUUAUUUAUGACGUUCGCGUCGCGAAUCGAACGUAUUCAAAUUUGCCUUUUAAGAAUUAGCGUUCAUACCUUAGAGAGUAUCGCUGACGCGUUUGUGAGCAGUAGUAAAGGUUAGUUUGCGCGUGCGCAGAUCGUCUCGUUGCGUACGAUUUCGACACGACGCUGUUCUCUAUUGUUAUUCUGAAAAAUAGACCAAAAUGAAACUUAUUUGAUAACUUUUAUUAUUUAUUUUAUAUAAAAUUAAAAAAAUGCAAAUGAAUAAUUUUUAUAUUAUAUAAUUUGGUUUAAUAAACAAACUACGUAUAACAAUAUCGAUUACGUUCUAACGCUAGAGAACGGCGUGUGUCUAUGUUAUAGUUUAACGUUGGGAAUGUUUAGCAUUCGUUUAAUGUAAAGGCAGCGAGCAGUGGACACGUAGUCGUAAGUAAAAUAAUUUUACAUAAUUGACAUUCCAAUUUAAUUAAUAUAUAAUUCGUUUUAUUUAUAUAAAUGAAAUUUUAUUUAAAACGUCUGCUUUAUUUUCUUAGUGCCAUAAGUGACUUCGAAAGGUAUUAGAUAUUUAGUGAUUAUUAUUUUCCUUAAAUAGAUCUCCUCAGUCCUCACUAUGACGUCCAUUUUUAUUUUAACGCUACGUUCAACGUUUAUGUACUUAAUUCUAUUAUUUAUUGUGCAAUACUUUUAUUAAUCACUUUAUACGAAAAUUAUAUAUUUGGUAUUAUUUCUUAUGCGACAAUUCGACAUUUUUUUCAAUCAAUAAUCUAUUAUUUUAAAUGAUUUCAAAAACAUUCCGACAAAAUUGUUUUCUAUUCUUUGGUGGAGGGUAAGCUAGGCUGAAGUACUUAAAUUUUAUUAAUUAAUAUUGUUGUAAUCUUUAUCACUUUUGUUUUUUAUUAAAUGGUCAUAUUGACUUAUUUUGCUUUUUAUUUAUUUCCUUUUUUUUAUUUCCGCCAUACUUUGCCCGUGAUCUCGUUUCACUUCAGUUGCGUCGCCGUCGUUCGUCGAGUUGAGUCAGAGGUACGACCGCUGAUGUAGACAUUUUCGCUGUUAACGAUGUCCAUAUAACUUAGAAGGAGUUUAGAUGGUACGUAAUGUUAAAGGCUAAUUAUUGUGUUACGGCUGGGUUCAAACCAGACUAGUUUUUUACGCGAUUGUAUUUAUUGUAAAAAAAAUCAAUUAAAAUAACUAUAUUUUUUCAUCACCACACCGGCACCGCUCCUUCCGUUCUGUGAUUUAGGCUUUAAACCGCACACUAGAAAUAAAUAUAUAUUCUAAUAUCUAACUGUGCCAAAACUAUUGUAAAAUACAGAUCGUCGAGAGAACAGUUAUCGUAUGAGAUCGAAAGUUAUCGCUCUGCCUUCAUUUCCAUUCCUCUCUGUGUCUGUUAGCCUUGUUAGGUUAGAAGUUGAACUCUUUUAAGAGUAUUGUAGACGAUUCUAGUAACAAAUUCUCUUAGUACUUUAUAGAAAAUUGUACAAAUUACCCUUGAUCCCUUGUCUCACGUCCCACUGUAGUUCUAUUCUAGUAGAUUCUUAAACUAGAUACUGUUAGCGCUUCACAUCUAUCUAUUUAUACAAAGUUAUCGAUCGCCAAUUGUAACUAUAGAAUUUCUCGAAUUAAUUACCCUUGUUUACCAGAGCGAAGUUAAUUAGGACUACUAUUCAAGACGAUACAGUCGCCCGUGCGUACGGCCCUAGGCCAUACGAAGCACCACUGCCAUCUGGUGACUGAACCGCUUAAUGUCUCCGUCGCUUUAUUGUCUCUUCAGAUUUCAAAAACAGCCUUAAAAAUACUAUAAAAAAUAUUUUAAUACUUCUUAAGAUCAAUAGCUCUAGCACUUAACCGUAAAAUAAUAAAAUACAAUCAUCCUUAAAUGCUUCACGUUACCAGUAAUCGUUUAAAUCGCGUAGUACCGCUCGAUCACCCGCCGCACGCUGACAAAGAGGCACGCUAUACGCAAUUCUGUCCAUUAAAGUAAGUUAAAUGUAAGCGAAUGUUGGCUUAGAUGAAUAAGAUUUUAUUUUUUAGUAUUUAAGACCACCUGUAUAUUUCGAAAAGUAAUCACUGUCCUGCCCACGUAAUUGUAAGCAAAUUCAAUACUCUAUGAGCGAUGAGGCCGUCGGUUAACGCGUAGCGUCGGAAAGGACGAGUUGAGCUUUAGACUCGGGGCCCGUGCGCGACGAGUCGCUUCCACGCGUGUGCUAUCGGCGUUUGUAAUAAAUGCUUCUCUUAAUUUUAUUCACAUUACAGUAAGAUUUUUUUAUGAGCUGCCUCGGCCAUCUGAAGGUCUCGGCGUCUAAUCUAGAUGAUAUAUAUGAUAAAUUGUUGUUGAGCGUAUUAGUCAAUGAUGCAUAGACUAGAUUUAUUUUAGGAUCGUAGCCGCUGUAGACUAUUGAACGACAUUUGUGGAAAUCGUUGGAAAUCUUCGUCUCUUUAGCUUUUUUAAUAUUGCAUUUUAGUAACAUGCGAUUUAUUAAAUUAAAUACUUUAUUAAGAAGAUUGUAAGAAAAGUUAUGGUCGACUCUGUGUUGUUAACUUUGUUAUUUGUUUUAACUAUAUUUUAAAUGUAUCUGUAGUGAGUAAUGCUAAAUCAAUUAUUAGUUACUGUUCGAUUAUAUGUAUAAUAUGUAAGUUAUCUCACUUUAAACGUAUAUCAUUGCACAUGCUUCUUAUGGAAUAAACUUAAUAUUUAAUUACUAGACACAAUAACCAAAAUUAUAAAUAUUCGUUAAAUAUCUGAUUAAUAAAUAUUUUAAUUUACUUUACUUACUCUAGACAUGAUUUAUGUUAAGAAUAAAUUGUUAUGCUAAGUAUAUGGUGCGUUUGUAUGUAAUGAAAAGAUCUUAAGUAAUAAAUUGCAUUGAGUAAA